AUGUAUAAUUAUUACCAAAGGGAAAAGUUUGAGUAACUGAUAUAAUAAAAAGAAAAAAGAUUUGAAUAAGAAUAUAUAGCAACAUAAGAAACUAAAAAAAUCAAUAAUAUUUUAGCAACAAAUUAUGAUAAAAGAAUAAUGAGUUUUUUGGAAAAGAUGUCUUAAUAACCAAUUAUUAUUCAUGAUUCAAUAUAUAUCAAAGAAUCGAGAUCAACAAGUAAUGAUAAUAGAAGAUGGCUUAAUGCUUCUGCAUUACAUUCGUUGGAAUAUUAUUAAAACUAUAAAAUAAAUACUCAUCGAUAUCUCAGUGAUGGAAAGCAACUUAAAAAUAAAUUAACAGAAACAAUUCAAGAUAAUAAAAAUGGAAAUGUUUAUGAACUUAGUAUACUUGAUUCUUUGAAUCCUAAAAAAUUGGAAUCUAGAAGAGAAAAAUAAAAAUAAAUUACAAUAAUAGAUUCUUCGUUAAUAAAAAGAAAUAUGAAAAUUAAUUUAGAUUAGAUCUAAAUAAAAAGAAAGAGUGAAAAAAAUGAAGAACCAAUUGAUAAAAUGUAAAAUAUUUCUUAUAAAAAGAUAGACUUUAUUUUAAGGGUUUAAAAUCUUUAACUGUAUAAUAAAGAAUGUUUGAUGAUGAAUAAUCUAAAAGGAGUAUAUCUGGGAAAGCUAGAAAUAUUCUAGAAAAAUGUAAUGUUAUUUCUAAAAAACCAUGA